GGAGACUCAGCGCGGCGCCUCGGUGCAACCAUCCCAACUCUUGACACCCCUAUCUCCUUUCUCUGAUUUUUUUUUUUUUGAGACGAACUCUGGCUUUGUCGCCUAGGCUGGAGUGCAGUGACACGAUCACUGCUCACCGCAACCUCCGCCUCCCGGGUUCAAGCGAUUCUCCUGCCUCAGCCUCCCGAGUAGCUGGGAUUACAGGCGCCCGGCUAAUUUUUUGUACUUUUUUUUUUUUUUGAGACGGAGUUUCGCUCUUGUUACCCAGGCUGGAGUGCAAUGGCGCAAUCUCGGCUCACCGCAACCUCCGCCUCCUGGGUUCAGACAAUUCUCCUGCCUCAGCCUCCUGAGUAGCUGGGAUUACAGGCACGCGCCACCAUGCCCAGCUAAUUUUUUUUGUAUUUUUAGUAGAGAUGGGGUUUCACCAUAUUGACCAGGAAGGAUGGCCUCGAUCUCUUGACCUCGAGAUCCACCCGCCUCAGCUUCCCAAAGUGCUGGGAUUACAGGCGUGAGCCACCGCGCCCGGUCCAUUUUUUGUACUUUUAAUAGAGACGGGGUUUCAUCGUGUUGGUCAGGCUGGUCUCGAACCCUGACCUCAAAUGAUCACCCCCUCCUUGGCCUCCCAAAGUGCUGAAAUUACAGGCGUGAGCCACGGCGCCCGGCCCUCUCUGAUUUUUUUGAGACUGGGUCUCGCUCUUGUCGCCCAGGCUGGAGUGCAGUGGCGCCAUCUCGGUUCACUGCAGCCUCGACCUCCCGGGCUCAAGCGAUCCUCCCACCUCAGCCCACCGAGUAGCUGGGAUCACAGGCGUGCACAACCACACUCGGCUAAUUUUUGUAUUUUUCUGUAGAGACGGGGUUUCGCCAUGUUGCCCGGACUGGUCUCGAACUCCUGGGCUCAAGUGAUCCGCCCGCCUCGGCCUCUCAGAGUCCUCGGAUUACAGACGGGAGCCGCCGCGCCGGGCCUAGGUCACCGAUCUCAGUCACCCAUCCCGUAGGCCUUCACAUGGGACGGGGUGGGAGAGCCCAGGAACUCAAACACAGCCCGCCUAGUAGAUGACUUCUAAGCAUCUUUCCGUCUUCCUGAUCUUGCCAAUCAGAGAAGCGCUUCCUCGUAAUGCCGCCGAAGCACAACUUUCACACGCUUGUAUUAUGGCCUUAACUCACUGAUGUCAUUAUUUAACUGUUCCCGCGGGGACUGGGAACUCAAUGUAUUUUCACAAACAUCAAUUCCAGACAGACUUGUGGGAGAAACCACCUGGGGAUAAUCUUCUCACCAAGUUUAGAACUCUGCGUAGCCGCGGGGAAAUGUGGGCGGGGCGUAGUCGCCCCGGCACUGGCAGGUCCAGUCUCUGCCCACGGCGCACGCAGAUGACGUAACGAGCGCGCGCGACGAUUCGAGGUGAUCUGCGGCGGCGAGUGCAUCUUCCACGCUGGAGUGCAGUGGUGCGACCUUGGCUCACUGCAACCUUCGCCUCCUGAAUUCAAGCAAUUCUCCUGCCUCAGCCUCCAAGUAGCUGGGACUUCAGGAACCUAACUCAUAUCUCCAGCAAAGGACACAUCUCCAGCAAAGGACACCUGCAGAGAUGUCCCCAGUCCUUCACUUCUAUGUCCGUCCCUCUGGACCUGAAGGGGCAGCCUCUGGACACACUCGACGGAAACUGCAAGGGAAACUGCCAGAGCUGCAGGGCAUUGAGACUGAACUGUGCUACAAUGUGAACUGGACAGCUGAGGCCCUCCCCAGUGCUGAGGAGACAAAGAAGCUGAUGUGGCUGUUUGGUUGCCCCUUGUUGCUGGAUGAUGUUGCUCGGCAGUCCUGGCUCCUUCCUGGCUCCAAUGACCUGCUGCUGGAGGUCGGGCCCAGGCUGAACUUCUCCACCCCAACAUCUACCAACAUCGUGUCAGUGUGCCACGCCGCUGGGCUGGGGCCUGUGGAUCGUGUGGAGACCACCCGGCGCUAUCGGCUCUCGUUUGCCCACCCCACUUCGGCUGAGAUGGAAGCGAUUGCUCUGGCUACCCUACAUGACCGGAUGACAGAGCAGCACUUCCCCCAUCCCAUCCAGAGUUUCUCCCCUGAGAGCAUCCCAGCACCUCUCAAUGGCCCUAUCAAUAUACUGGGUGAAGGCCGGCUUGCACUGGAGAAGGCCAACCAGGAGCUAGGUCUGGCUUUAGACUCUUGGGACCUAGACUUCUACACCAGGCGCUUCCAGGAGCUACAGCGGAACCCGAGCACUGUGGAGGCCUUUGACUUGGCGCAGUCCAAUAGUGAGCAUAGCCGACACUGGUUCUUCAAGGGCCAGCUCCACGUGGAUGGGCAGAAGCUGGUGCACUCCCUGUUUGAGUCCAUCAUGAGCACCCAGGCAUCCUCGAACCCCAACAAUAUCCUCAAAUUCUGUGACAACAGCAGUGCAAUCCAGGGAAAGCAAGUCCGAUUUCUACGGCCUGAGGACCCCAUACAGCCAAGCCGCUUCCGGCAACAGCAGGGGCUGAGACAUGUUGUCUUCACAGCAGAGACUCACAACUUUCCCACAGGAAUAUGCCCCUUUAGUGGUGCAACCACUGGCACAGGGGGCCGGAUUCGAGAUGUCCAGUGUACAGGCCGUGGGGCCCAUGUGGUGGCUGGCACUGCCGGCUAUUGCUUUGGAAAUCUCCAUAUCCCAGGUUACAAUCUGCCCUGGGAGGAUCCAAGCUUCCAGUAUCCUGGGAACUUUGCCCGGCCCCUGGAGAUUGCCAUUGAAGCCAGUAAUGGAGCUUCUGACUAUGGCAACAAGUUUGGGGAACCAGUGCUGGCUGGCUUCGCCCGCUCCUUGGGCCUCCAGCUCCCAGACGGCCAGCGGCGUGAGUGGAUCAAGCCCAUCAUGUUUAGUGGGGGCAUUGGGACCAUGGAAGCUGAGCAUGUGAGCAAGGAGCCCCCAGAGCCAGGUAUGGAAGUUGUAAAGGUUGGGGGUCCUGUCUAUAGGAUUGGAGUUGGAGGUGGAGCUGCUUCAUCUGUGCAGGUGCAGGGAGAUAACACCAGUGACCUGGACUUUGGGGCUGUGCAGCGGGGCGACCCGGAGAUGGAACAGAAGAUGAACCGUGUGAUCAGGGCUUGUGUGGAGGCCCCCAACGGAAACCCCAUCUGCAGCCUCCAUGACCAGGGCGCUGGUGGGAAUGGCAACGUCCUAAAGGAGCUGAGUGACCCAGCUGGAGCCAUUAUUUACACCAGCCGCUUCCAGCUAGGGGACCCAACCCUGAAUGCCCUGGAAAUCUGGGGGGCCGAGUACCAGGAAUCAAAUGCACUUCUGCUGAGGCCCCCCCACCGGAACUUCCUGACUCAUGUCAGUGCCCGGGAGCGUUGCCCGACUUCCUUUGUGGGCACCAUCACUGGAGACCGGAGAAUAGUGCUGAUAGACGAUCGAGAGUGUCCUGUAGGAAGAAAUGGCCAGGGGGAUGCCCCCCCAACAUCCCCACCAACCCCUGUGGACCUGGAGCUCGAAUGGGUUCUGGGCAAGAUGCCUCGGAAGGAGUUCUUCCUCCAGAGGAGCCCCCCUGUGCUACAGCCUCUGGCCUUGCCUGUAGGGCUGAGCGUGCGCCAGGCUCUGGAGAGGGUUCUGAGGCUGCCUGCCGUGGCCAGCAAGCGCUACCUCACCAAUAAGGUGGACCGCUCUGUGGGCGGCCUGGUGGCCCAGCAGCAGUGUGUGGGGCCCCUGCAGACUCCUCUGGCAGAUGUAGCCGUUGUAGCACUGAGCCAUGAGGAGCUUGUAGGGGCUGCCACAGCCUUGGGAGAGCAGCCAGUCAAGAGCCUGCUGGACCCCAAGGUUGCUGCCCGGCUGGCUGUGGCCGAAGCCCUCACCAACCUGGUGUUUGCCCUGGUCACCGACCUCCGGGAUGUUAAGUGUAGCGGGAACUGGAUGUGGGCAGCCAAGCUCCCAGGGGAGGGUGCAGCUUUGGCGGAUGCCUGCGAGGCUAUGGUGGCAGUGAUGGCAGCCCUGGGUGUGGCAGUGGACGGCGGCAAGGACUCCCUCAGUAUGGCUGCUCGGGUUGGCACGGAGACUGUGCGGGCUCCUGGGUCUCUGGUCAUCUCAGCCUAUGCCGUCUGUCCAGACAUUACAGCCACCGUGACCCCAGACCUCAAGCAUCCUGAAGGGAAAGGCCAUCUGCUCUAUGUGCCUCUGAGCCCUGGGCAGCACCGGCUGGGGGGCACAGCUUUGGCCCAAUGCUUCUCCCAGCUCGGAGAGCACCCUCCCGAUCUGGACUUUCCCGAGAACUUGGUGUGUGCCUUCAGCAUCACCCAGGGGCUGCUGAAAGACCGCCUUCUCUGCUCAGGCCAUGAUGUCAGUGACGGAGGCCUCGUCACAUGCCUGCUGGAGAUGGCCUUUGCUGGAAAUUGUGGGCUAUGGGUAGACGUGUCUGUCCCUGGGGUUGAUGUGCUGUCUGUGCUGUUUGCUGAGGAGCCAGGCCUGGUGCUGGAGGUGCAGGAGCUGGACCUGGCCCAAGUGCUGAAGCGUUACUGGGACGCUGGCCUCCACUGCCUGGAGCUGGGCCACACAGGCCAGGCUGGGUCCCAUGCCAUGGUCCGGGUGUCAGUGAAUGGGGCUGUGGUUCUGGAGGAGCCUGUUGGGGAGCUUCGAGCCCUCUGGGAGGAGACAAGUUUCCAGCUGGAUCGGCUACAGGCAGAGCCUCACUUUGUGACAGAGGAGGAACAGGGCCUGAGGAAGCGGAUGGGGCCCAGCUAUUGCCUGCCCCCCACCUUUCCCAAAGCCUCUGUGCCCCAUGAGCCUGGUGGUCCCAGCCCCCGAGUCGCCAUCUUGCGAGAGGAGGGCAGUAAUGGGGACCGGGAAAUGGCCGAUGCCUUCCACUUGGCUGGUUUUGAGGUGUGGGAUGUGACCAUGCAGGACCUCUGCUCUGGGGCAAUUGGGCUGGACACCUUCCGAGGCGUGGCCUUCGUGGGUGGUUUCAGCUACGCAGACGUCCUGGGAUCUGCCAAAGGGUGGGCAGCUGCCGUGACCUUUCAUCCCCGAGCUGGGGCUGAGCUAAGGCGCUUCCAGAAGCGGCCAGACACCUUCAGCCUGGGCGUGUGUAAUGGCUGUCAACUGCUGGCUCUGCUGGGCUGGGUGGGAGGCGACCCCAAUGAGGAUGCCACGGAGAUGGGCCCUGACUCCCAGCCAGCCCGGCCAGGCCUUCUGCUACGCCACAACCUGUCUGGGCGCUUUGAGUCUCGCUGGGCCAGCGUGCGUGUGGGUCCUGGGCCAGCUCUGAUGCUGCGAGGGAUGGAGGGUGCCGUGCUGCCCGUGUGGAGCGCCCAUGGGGAAGGUUAUAUGGCGUUUUCUUCUCCAGAACUCCAAGCUCAGAUUGAGGCCAAGGGCUUGGCCCCACUGCACUGGGCAGAUGAUGACGGGAACCCCACGGAGCAGUACCCCCUGAAUCCCAAUGGGUCUCCAGGGGGUGUGGCUGGCAUCUGCUCCCCUGAUGGCCGCCACCUGGCUCUUAUGCCUCACCCUGAGCGGGCCGUGAGGCCUUGGCAGUGGGCGUGGCGACCCCCUCCAUUUGAUACCCUGACCACCUCCCCCUGGCUCCAGCUCUUUAUCAAUGCCCAAAACUGGACCCGGGAAGGGAGCUGCUGACUGACCACAGGGGCUCACCUGGGCCUCAUGGUUUUCCCCUGAGUGCGAGCUGCCCCCUCCCUUAUGACCUUCAGGAGCACCCUAUGUUGUUUCCAAAAAUAUCUUGGACAGACAAGGACCAAAGUGCCAGAAUCUCAGCUGUCUCGAUGAUCUGCUGUUGAUGUUCCUUCCGCGGCUGUGUCUGUUUUCAGUUCUGCUCUAACACGGCCUGCCCCUUCUCGGCCCCGGAAACAGCAUGUGGCUCAGAGAAAACAUCGAUAAGGACAAGUCAGAUGCCUGAGGCUGGAACAGGGGCUUCUGUUCCCCACUUCACAGCACCCAGUGAUCACCCGAGUGCCUCAGUUGCCUCCUCAGCUUUGAGGGAUGUUUUACUCUCCCUUUUCUUAUCCUUGGGGUUUAGGGGGUGCAGACAGAUUCAGCAAUAGUGUGCAGAUCAGCUCCUUACCACCUCAUUGUUCUCAUCUGGACCAAAAUUUUCUAGAUUUCUCCCUAAGUUCUACACUGUGCUGAAUGUAAAGAAUUGUUGCUUGUGGAAGUUUCUCAGUGUUUCUGGCUGUCUCAGGGCUGGCCUGGUGCUGGCCUCAGAACUCAGCAUUCCUGAUAUUUGCUUCUAAAUCAGCAGCUCUUUCUUUUUUGAGACAGUCUCACUCUGUUGCCCAGUCUGGAGUACAAUGGCACAAUCUCAGCUCACUGCAACCUCCACCUCCCGGGUUCAAGCGAUUCUCCUCCCUUAGCCUCCUGUGUAGCUGGGAGUAUAGGCGCGCACCACCACACCUAACUAAUUUUUAUAUUUUUAGUAGAGACUGGGUUUUACCAUGUCGCCCAGGCUGGUCUCAGACUCCUGACCUCAAGUGAUCUGCCUGCCUUGGCCUUCCAAAGUGCUGGGAUUACAGGUAUGAGCCACUGCACCCGGCCCAGCAGCUCUCCUCUGAGAGAGGUGGUUGGUGCUCUCAUCCCUAGGUCCUAGACAUUUCGUAUGCUGGAAUUCUACUCUUCACUUAUUCCAUUGACUGUUGUUGAUCAGUUAUUAUUGCAAAACACUAUCACCAGCCCCAGGGAGUUUAUGUCUAAUAGAAUUAAAAAUAAUAGCUAUGGUGGCUCAUGCCUAUAAUCGCAGCACUUUGGGAGGCCAAGGCAGGUGGAUCACCUGAGGUCAGGAGUUCAAGACCAGCCUGACCAACACGGUGAAACCCUGUCUGUACUAAAAAUACAAGAAUAGCUGGGCAUGGUGGCACACGCCUAUAAUCCCAGCCACUCAGGAGGCUGAGGCAGGAGAAUUCCUUAAACCUGGGAGGCAGAGGUUGUUGUGAGCCAAGAUUGUGCCAGUGCACUCUAACCUGGGUGACAGUGAGACUCCAUUUCAGAAAAAAAAAAAAUUAGCUGUGUAUAACACUUCCCUCAAGCCAAACAUAUGUGAGGCAUAUAUAUCUGAAUUAAUUCUCACUAAAAUUCACCAAUGUACUUGAUAGCUCCUCCCUGCCUUUUUAAUAAAGGAUGAAUUAAGGUUGA